GGCAGGAGGGGUUGAUACGGUGUGGCAGUUCUUGAUCUAAUAUCCCACCGUACACAAUAGCCGCCUAGAUGAGCUUCUCCUCGAAUCACCCGAGCGCAGAUUUCCAUCGUCCAUCAAGCUGCAGACACCUGAUUCAUCGACUCACCGUACAUCCACCCGUGCGCCUGGCGCAUACGACCUGCGGUUUUGAGAUCCAGCUCGAACCAUGUACGCCCAAUGACAUGUCCGUCUCGGCCCACGACAAGCUAGACUAGCCAGCACUAUAGAUAGACCUGCAUGUUCUCAGCAUCCAGGCUGAUCAGAUAUCACCAUAAUCACUCCCUUAGCACACCAUCGAACAAAGGCAACGCCUCUGAUCUGUCGGAAUGGACCCUUAUCCGCACCCGUACUCCCAAGCUGCCAAGCUCGACCCGAGGAUCAAGGACCCUCGCCCUCCCAUUGAACCAUCCCUGGCACCACUCAUUGACUCAUGCCAGCUGCCCGAGGACCUGAGUCUCGAUCUCUUGCGCGGGACGGGCCAGGAUGAGAUCUUCGUCUAUACCGCGGACAAGGUGCUCCAAAGUGCCCCCACCCUGAAGCACACGGAAUACUCGACACCAGAGCGCCAUGGCAUCUCUGUUCUUCUCUCCGUCUUCUCCCCCAAGGAGCCAACGUCUCAGGCACUGCCCGCCUUGUACCACAUCCAUGGUGGAGGCAUGGUCGCUGGUGAUCGGUUCACCGCCCUGCCCGAGUUGGUGAGCCUGCUCAAGGGCAUCGAGUGCGUCGUGGUGUCCGUAGAAUACCGGCUCGCGCCAGAGACACGCGCGCCUCGUGCCGCCGAGGACUGCUACGCUGGACUGGCGUGGACGUGGGAGCACGCAGGGGAGUUGGGCGUGGACCCAUCCCGCAUCGUGGUCUGGGGUGUCUCAGGCGGUGCUGCCCUGGCGACCGCUGUCUGUCUCAUGGCCCGGGACGCACAGCGUCGUGGUGGUGAUGGUGGUGAUUCUGACGCCCCCAUGCCCUUUGUCAAGGCGCAGAUGCUCGUGACGCCCAUGCUCGACGAUCGCUGCGACACCGUGUCGGAAGCAGUUUGAGUACGGCAGCCCCAUGUCUGGCGUCACGCUCCGCAUGGUCUGGGACCACGUCCUCGGCCAAGACCGGGGCACGGACAAGGUGUCCUCCUACCAGGCCCCCUCGCGCGAGCAAGAUUUGUCGGAUAUGCCCCCGACCUAUGUCGACGUGGGCGAGUGCGAGGCUUUCCGCGACCCUGCCGUCCUCUUUGCCAUGAACAUGUGGCGAUGUGGAUCGACAUGCGAACUGCACGUGUGGCCUGGAGCUUUCCAUAUGUUCGACGGCAUGGAGAACCCAGAGGUACCGCUGAUCCAGAGCGCCAUACUCGCCAAGAAGAGCUGGCUUGCGCGGAUGAUGGGUGGUGGGUGAUGGGGCAGUAUCUCAACAUGGAAGCUGGGUAACUUGAUCCUAUACGUACACUUUGAACACGAGUCAUGGACCUUCCGCUAUAGUAGCAUUAAGAUAUGAGAAACCAAUCUAGAUCCACAGAACAGCGUCG